GAUUCGCACGUGCAUUUACGUACCUAUCCUCAUCGUCCUCCCUCAAAAACAAUACAAAAAAGUGCAGUCGAGUCGAGCUUUUAUCGGUCUUAAGAUUGUUUGCUUCUUGUUCUUUCGAAGUAUUUCGAAUCCCUUGUCCAAUCUUUGACGUGUUGAAGAACGAUAAUUAUUACUUGCAGUGCAGAACGAGGAUCUUCUUCUUUUAUUACGUUUUUGUUGUUAUUUUUAAUAAAUUACAAUCGUGAUUUUGUAACUAAAGUGUAAUAAAUUUCGUGAGACUUCUCAACUCUCUGGGAACUUAUUUUGGUGGUGGCAAGCAAAACAACAAAUCCGAAAGAAGUUGUAAACUUGUCGUCUUUGUGAUCGUUUUCGGUUUUUGGUUGAUCGUCUUCUUUGCCUGUCUUUGUUGUCUUCGAUUCUCGAAAUUUGUUGGGGUUUCGGGUGAAUUACUGUGUGAAGAUAACGUGAUUCCUUUCUAAAAUAAUAGAAGGCACUUUGGCAUCGUCGUCUUCGUCAUCAUCAUUAUCAUUAUCAUCAUCAUCAUCAUGUCUAACGUUGGAUUACUGGAAAGGAAGAUGGCUUGUUUGGUACUGGCAAUUGGAUUACUUGUUGCCAUGAACAUGUGUGUCAGUGGACAAAUUGAUGGCUAUACAGCAGGUGAAGACUAUCCAGCUUACGAAGCCGUACCUAAAGGACUUUCAUUCAAUUGCCAAGGAAGACUUCCAGGAUAUUAUGCUGAUCCAGAAACUCGUUGUCAGGUCUGGCAUUGGUGUCUUCAUUCGGGUCAUCAAUAUUCAUUCCUGUGUCCCAAUGGCACAGUAUUCAAUCAAGCCGUUCGUGUCUGUGAUUGGUGGACCAAUGUAAAUUGUGAAUCAGCUGAACAACUUUAUCGCAACAAUGAGGAAUUGUACAUUACCGAAACAACAACCGAAUCGACUUGAUAUAGGGCCAGCGAUUAUCGAAAUUCAUCCACAAGUUCUGCCAAAAUCACAACCACAACAAAAACAAAAACAUCAACCAAAAAUUCUCGAUCUGGCUCCAGAAGUCAACAAUUGGUCACAACUCAACGCAAUCGACUUAAUGUUAAUCAUAGUCAAUCGCAAUCAAAAUUUUCAACUAAAUUAUCACCAACAACAAUAAAAACAUCAACUACUACUACAAAACCCACAAUUACCAAAAAUAUUAAUAAUAAUUUAAGAAGAGGAACAAUUAAAUACUCAAUGCAAAGAAAUAAAGAUAUUAAAAACAAUAGGCAGCAACCACAACAAAAUAGUUUAAGCAACAACCAUCAUAACGGUAAAUUACCAAAAAAUCCUAAAAAUAUUGACGCUGAAAAGCUCAAGGACUACAAAAGUAGAAUAAAGAACCGUUACAACAUCGAUUACGAUCGAUCGCUUGAGGAUGAAUAUGAGAUAAUCGAGGCCAUUGAAUAAGAACAAAAGAGGAAAAGAGAGGAGAAAACAACAAAGUGAGAAAGAGAAAAAGUAUACCUUGCUGAGGAAAAGUGAGAUGGCGUGUUACUUUUGUGUAUGAUAGAAGAUAGUUUUAGUGUAAAUUGUUAAGUUUUAUUUUUAAAUUUAGUUUUUUUUUUGUUAUAAAUUUUAAGCUAGACAAAGUGUACAGUAUUUUCCAU